UGAAGUGAAUGAUUCUCUCAUGAUAUAUUCCUCCGUUCCGUUGAUGAUCUGCCGAGUCUUUUUUAACCAACCAAUCACGUGGGGGUCGAGAGGGAGUUUUGCGGUGCGUGUACCUCCAAAGCUUGCAAUUGCAAUUAUAAGGCGACAAAAGAAAGGAAUGCCAAAAUCCAGCAUUGACUUUCAGACUCAAGAAAUUGGCAGCUAUCAUCCUUCCCCUCAAUCGAUGCAGUUUGUUAUUUCAAAAGAAGCUCAGAGAAGUCCAAAGUGAUCAGUUUCUGUAACGCGCGCGCCUUCUCUGUCCUCUCCCUUCCUUUUCACCACUCUUCUCUCUCUCCUUCUUGUUCAUCUUUUUCUUCUUGGGCUUUUCUUCUUUCUUGCCUCCCCGACGUUGAUGCUAACAAACAAUGCCAGAAGGCAUUUGCGAUCUGCAGAUCCAUGUCAACGGCCUGCACACCUUCUAUCUGAACCAGAGCACCAUUUCAUCGUUUUCGGGCAAAGUGAAGAACUCACUAAUUAGCCAAAGGAAAGAUGCACCCGACGCCGCCACCAUCAGAGAACUACAUCUUGAUGGAUUCCCCGGCGGCCCGGACGGCUUCGAACUCGCCUCAAGAUUCUGCUACAGCGACGGCAAAAUCUGUAUAUCUCCAACAAACGUCUCCCUGCUCCACUGCUCCGCCUUGUUCCUCGAGAUGUCGGAGGAGAUCUCUUGCUGCAACCUGCUGCAGAGGACGGAGGUCUUCCUGCAGGGCCUCUUCUACUGGACCUGGACCGACAUCCUGACAGCACUCAGAAGCUCGGAGCCAUUCAUCUCCCAGGCCGACUCCUCUGGCCUGCUGCAGAAGCUCAUCGACUCUCUGCUCUCCAAGAUCUGCGCCAACUCCGACCUCAUCUGUUCCUCCUCUUCCUCCUCCUCACCUGAAACCCCUCGACGCUCCUUUGACGUCACCACCAAACCUUCCUUCAGCAGAGCGUGGUGGUUCGAUGACCUGACAGUCUUGAGCCCGUACAUUAUAGAGAAGACCACGAAGUCCAUGGCCGCCUAUGGCAUAGAUAGCGUCACCAAUACCAAGUUUCUGAUUCAUUAUCUGAAGAGGGCAUUGUACAGGCAGAGUUGCAGUGGCGGUGGUGGGGGGCCCAGUCUGGAGUAUGGUGGCAUUGCAGAGGCAGUGGUGGAUGGUGUGGUUCAGAUGGAGUCCAGGUGUGGCUUCUCCUGCAGGUGGCUGCUCAGGGUUCUCAGAGUCGUCUCCUGCUUCGGUCUGAGUGAGGAAUGCAGGAGCAAGAUUGAACGGACCAUUGGCGGCCUGCUGGACCAGGCUUCACUUGAUGACUUGCUGGUGUGUACUCCAAGAGGAGGAGGAGGUUCAGGAUCAGGUGGCGGUUCUGGUAUAUACGAUGUGAGUCUUGUUCUGAGGUUGGUAAAGGUCUUUGCGGGUGGGUUCGGCGAGGUUUCUGAUGAGAGGAUGAAGAGGGUGGGGAAGUUGAUUGACAAGUAUCUCAUGGAGAUUGCGCCUGACUCGAGGCUGAAGGUAUCAAAGUUCUUGGCUGUUGCAGAGUGCUUGCCGAGCACAGCAAGAGACUGCUCUGAUGGGGUGUACAGAGCCAUUGACAUGUACCUUGAGGCACACUCCGGCUUGUCAUCCAAAGAACAAGCCAAACUGUGUAGAGCUCUAGACCUUGGGAAGCUCUCCCUGGGAGCAUGCAAGGAUCUGGCAAAGAAUCAGAGGUUCGCACCUAGGAUUGCCAUCCAGGCUCUGUCCUCUCAACAAUCAAAGGUUCAGGCCCAGGAGGAGUUUGAUUUUCCGGCAUCGCCUUGCUCGGUUCAGUUCUCGGAUCGGUCUCCGGCAUUGAGAGAGAACGUGAUGAGGGCCUCGUCUGAGGAGGAAGAGUUCAAGAACAAGAUGAAGAACAUGCAGUGGAGGGUGGUGGAGUUGGAGAAGGCAUGCAAGGAGAUGCAGAGUCAGAUGUCCAGGCUUAUGAAGACCAAGAUCGACAGCCCAAUGCACAACCAAUACUUGCCCAAAUUAUGUUCCCGGUAAACAAAUUACGCCGACCAAAUUACUCGCGCUCUACUCUUCUUGUCAUGAUAAAAAAGUGGGGAAAAAAAAAAUCCAUCUUCUUUUCCUAAUUAUUUCUUAUUCUUGGAUUA